GAUGUGGGAGAACUCGAGUCCUGGCUGAACAGGUGCAAUAACGGACAUCGGCAAUACAGCACUAGAGACGAUUUUCUGGCUUUACCAAGCGGCUUUCGACUCAUUGACGUCAAAAGAGGCUGCGUUAUUACAGCUAAAUCAGACCCCAUAUACUGCGCCUUAAGCUACGUCUGGGGCGGUGAGAAUCAGGGGACUAGGACUAGCUACAGGAAGAUUAAAGUAAGACCUUACAGGGCAUUUAGUGGCCUUCAUAAAAUAAUGCUCUGUAUUCCCGAUACUUUAUGCCGUUAUCUUCAUCUCAGCCAGAACUAUCUCCGGGUGGACUGUUUGUGCAUUCUUCAAGACGGAGAAGAGGACAAACAUAAUCAAAUUAGCUCGAUGGACGUAGUGUAUAAUUUAGCACUCUUGACGAUCGUCGCUGCGGCUGGAGAUGGCGCGAAUGCCGGCUUGCGUCCUUUUAACUCUCCUCGAUUUGUUCACCGCCGUUCAUUUAAUUCCCACCUUUCAUUCCAUGUCGAGACUAUCUCAGGCAUUUACUUUGUCUCUUGUCUAAGCCCUCAAAUCGCUACAGAAAUCAUUGCAGAAUCAAAAUGGGCCAGUCGUGGGUGGACCCUUCAAGAGUAUAUACUAUCGAAGAGAAUGGUCGUAUUUACAGGAAGAUAUGUUUUCUUUCACUGUAAA